AUGGCUUCACUGGAGGUGCAGCUCGACGCGGAACGGGCCAGCACCGAGAAUGACCCGCAGUCCAACGCCGAGCAGGCCCAAUCCGCCCAGAGGCAACGCAGAUCAUCGUCACCUGUGGCCGGGUCGCCCUCCGCCUCGGGCUCCCCGCCGUCCACGCCGUCGUCGCAACAGUUCUGCCUGCGGUGGAACAACUACCAGUCGAAUCUAACCACGAUCUUCGAUCAGCUGCUGCAGAACGAGUGCUUCGUGGACGUGACGCUCGCCUGCGACGGCCGCUCGAUGAAGGCCCACAAAAUGGUGCUGUCCGCCUGUUCGCCGUACUUCCAGACCCUCCUGGCGGAGACGCCCUGCCAGCACCCGAUCGUCAUCAUGCGCGACGUAUCGUGGGGCGAUCUCAAGGCCAUCGUGGAGUUCAUGUAUCGCGGGGAGAUCAACGUCAGCCAGGAUCAGAUCGGUCCGCUGCUGCGGAUCGCCGAGAUGCUGAAGGUCCGCGGCCUGGCGGAUGUCACCCACAUGGAGGCGGCCACGGCGGCGGCGGCAGCGGCCGCCUCGGAGGCACGCGACUCCCACAAGGAGGCAACCCACCGCGACACAGUGGAGCAGAGGGAGGCAGAGGAGCUGCUGGCCUUCAUGCAGCCGGAGAAGAAGCUGCGCGGCGACUGGGACUAUCAUCCCUCUUCCUCGGGCGGCACCAGUGCCGUCUCCACGGCGGGGGGCAAUCUCGAGCUGCGGCUCUCCCCGCUGGAGCGGCAGCAGGGCAGGAAUGUCCGCAAGCGACGAUGGCCAUCGGCCGACACGAUCUUCAAUCCGCCCGCCAGUCCGCUGAGCAGCCUGAUCGCCGCCGAGCGGCUGGAGCUCGAGCAGAAGGAGAGGGAGCGCCAGAGGGACUGCUCCCUGAUGACGCCACCGCCCAAGCCGCAGUUGCAGGGAGCAGGAGGCGGCGGCGGCGGCGGUGGCGGUGGCGGUGGCACCCCGAGACGCCUCACUCCCGCCCUGGAGUCGGCCAUCCAUGGCUUGGAUAUGCCCUCGCCAGCGGCCACCCCAGGCCCGCGAUCCUCGCGUGCCUUGGCCCCCAGCCCGCAGCAACACCACCACCAGCAGCAGCAGCAGCAGCAGCAGCAUCCGUUGCAUAUGCCACCUGUGCCUCCGCAUCACUCGCACGCACAGCACCUCGGCCUGUCGCCGGUCUCCUCGCAGCACGGCGUGUCCUCGGCGGGCGCCUCCCCUGCCGGGGAGUCGCGCUAUCCGCUGGGACCCACCGCCGCAGCAAUGGCCGCUGCCAUGGAAUUGAGUGGCCUGCCGCCGCCUGCCGAGCCACGCCUGCCGCCGCCGCCGCCCCACCAUCAUUCGCAGGGCGUGGGAGGCGGAGGAGGAGGAGGAGGAGUGGGAUCCCAGGGCGUCGGCCCUUCGGGCUCAUCGCUGGCCGAUGACAUGGAAAUCAAGCCGGGAAUAGCGGAAAUGAUACGCGAGGAAGAGAGGGCCAAAAUGAUGGAGAAUUCGCAGGCCUGGAUGGGGGCCACCGCUGGCUCCGCGCUGGCAGACAGCUACCAGUACCAGCUUCAGUCCAUGUGGCAAAAGUGCUGGAACACCAAUCAGAAUCUGAUGCAUCACAUGCGCUUCCGGGAGCGUGGACCCCUCAAGUCGUGGCGCCCCGAAACGAUGGCCGAGGCCAUUUUCAGUGUCCUCAAGGAGGGGCUGUCGCUGUCGCAGGCGGCCCGCAAGUACGACAUUCCCUAUCCCACGUUCGUGCUGUAUGCGAAUCGGGUGCACAAUAUGCUGGGACCCUCCAUCGAUGGCGGACCCGAUCUGCGGCCCAAGGGCCGUGGGCGGCCCCAGCGCAUCCUCUUGGGCAUAUGGCCGGAUGAGCACAUCAAGGGGGUGAUCAAGACGGUGGUUUUUCGCGAUGCCAAGGACAUGAAGGACGACAGCCUAGGCGGCCACAUGCCGCCCUACGGUCGUCACUCGGUACUUUUCCCUUUGCAGGACAUGACGCUCAGCUAUCCAGGCGCUAGUGGCGGCAUUCCAGGGCCAGGAGCCGCUAGCCUCAGCGCUCUGGCCUGUCCCAAUGGCAUGGGCAGCGGUGGAGGCGGAGUCACAGGACCAGGAGGAGGCGUCGGUGUGGGUCCUGGCGUUGAUCAGCACAUGUCACAGGAAACAGCAGCCGCCGUUGCCGCCGUGGCACACAAUAUACGACAGCAGAUGCAGAUGGCCGCCGCCGUGCAGCAUCAGCACGGGGAGGCGGGGCCGCCGGUGGUGCCACCGCCCGGGCUGUUCAACCUGCCGCCGCAUUUGGCAGGUGGGCCAGGCCCGCCCGGCAGCAGGGGCAGCAUUUCCCCGGCGUUAAGCAGCGGUUCAGGGCCGCGACACGCUCCCUCACCGUGCGGUCCCGCCGGCCUGUUGCCGAAUCUGCCGCCCAGCAUGGCCGUUGCUCUGCACCGUGACCCGGCGGCGGCGGCGCUGCUCAGCCAGCACCAGCAGCAGCAGCAUCACCUGCAGCAGCUGCACCUCCAGCAGCAGCAACAGCAGCAGCAGCACCACUUGCACCAGCAGCAGGUGGCGGCAGCGCAUCAUGGGAUGCCGCACAAGUCCGGUUUCGGUGCCAGUUCCAUGGCGGCGGCCAGUGCCGCCUCCACAUCCGCAUCAUCGUCAUCCUCCUCCCACCAGCAUUCGCACUCGCAUCCUCAUUCGCAUUCGCAUUCGCAUGGGGAGAAGCAGCAGAAGAAGGGGAGUCCUCACCGCAGCGAAACCCCGCGCCUGCACUCGCCGUUGGGCGAUUUGGGGCUCGAGAUGUCCAGCUACAAGCGAGAGUACUCGCCCAGCCGCCUCUUUGCCGACGAUCUGGCGGAGCUGGUGGGCGCCAGCGUUUCCUCCUCAUCAUCGGUGACGCAAGGAGCAGCAGGCGGGGGAUCUUCGGCGGCCAUUGGAGAGGCUCCCCGCUCCAGUUCAAGCGGAGGCAUUAAAGUGGAACCCAUUACCACCACAAGCGAGUAACGAGUGGCGACCAACGAGUGGCGAUUGGCGAGUAGCGAGUAACGAGUAGCUAAUGAAAGAGUAUGGAAAUGAUACUGAAAACGAAUGAACAGGAAAAGCAAUCAAAAGCGCGAACCAACU